AAGUGGAUGCACAAGCAACUGAGGACAAACAAGCUGAUGGAAAUGCAGCUGCUGCCAUGGUGAAGGAAACGGGCUACUAUGAUACACUGGGGGUGAAGCCAAGUGCCACCUCGGAUGAGAUCAAGCGGGCCUACCGCAAGUUAGCUCUGAAGUUCCAUCCGGACAAGAAUCCCAGCGAGGGCGAGCGGUUUAAACUCAUAUCCCAGGCUUAUGAAGUUCUGUCAGACCCAAAGAAAAGAGAUCUCUAUGACCAGGGUGGGGAGCAAGCUAUUAAAGAAGGAGGCCUAAGUGGCGGCAAUUUCUCUUCCCCCAUGGACAUCUUUGACAUGUUCUUUGGUGGUGGAGGCAGAAUGAAUAGAGAAAGAAGAGGAAAGAACGUUGUCCAUCAGUUGAGUAUAACCCUUGAAGACUUGUACAAUGGAGCCACAAGAAAGCUGGCACUUCAGAAGAAUGUAAUUUGUGAUAAGUGCAAAGGCCUCGGUGGAAAGAAAGGUGCUGUGGAAAAGUGUCCUACAUGCAAAGGAAGAGGAGUGCAGGUGCUUGUUCAGCAGAUCGCGCCUGGAAUGGUGCAGCAAAUCCAGACUGUCUGUCCAGACUGUAAAGGCCAAGGGGAACGAAUAAAUCCCAAAGACAGAUGCACCACCUGCAAUGGCAACAAGGUGGUUAGAGAGAAAAAAAUAAUAGAAAUACACAUUGACAAAGGUAUGAAAGAUGGUCAGAAAAUAGUUUUUCACGGAGAAGGUGACCAGGAACCUGAUUUGGAGCCUGGAGAUGUCAUCAUUGUGCUAGAUCAGAAAGACCACCCAGUGUUUCAGAGAAGAGGCAACGACUUAAUUAUGAAAAUGAAAAUUCAGCUCACGGAAGCCUUGUGUGGCUUCAAAAAGACAAUUGAUACCUUGGAUGACAGAGUCCUUGUAAUAACUUCCAAAGCAGGUGAAGUAAUAAAGCAUGGAGAUGUCAAAUGCAUCAUAAAUGAGGGAAUGCCAAUUUACAAGUCACCAUUGGAAAAAGGUUCCCUAAUAAUUCAGUUCUUGGUUGCAUUCCCAGAGCAUCAGUGGCUUUCCAAGGAACAGCUACCCUUGUUAGAAGCUCUGCUUCCUCCACGAGAAGAAGUAAUGAUUUCAGAAGAUAUGGAUCAAGUUGAUCUUGUUAAAUUUGAUCCAAGAGAGCGAGCUUUCCGUAAUCAUGGGGAAGCCUAUGAGGAGGAUGACGAAGGUCCAAGAACUGGUGUGCAGUGUCAGACAUCUUGAACCGGAGGUGGACUGCUAGUGUGACAGAUUCAAAAAUUGGCCUUUGAAGCCACUUGUCAUGUUCAGCACAGAUAUGCUGAGUAUCAUUUUUGUAACUAUAUAUUUAAGCGUUCAU